AUGGCUUCUCGACAGAGUCUAAGUUCGCUACUGAAUACAUCCAGGCCGAUUACUUUCAUCAAGCAGUCAAACUCGACACUCUGCCGACAAUGUCAAAGAUCAUUUGCGACAACACCAGCCCAGUGGGCUGGGCACAACAAAUGGUCCAAGACGAAGCAUAUCAAAGCUGUGACAGAUAAGAAGAAAAUGAGUGAAAGGGCUGCCUUUACCAAGACAAUCGCCAUGUACUCCAGAACGAGCAUUCCAAAAAACCUAAUUGAGGCUGCAGUUGCUCGAGGACAGGGUCGUUCAGCUACAGGUGUCCAGCUUGAGUCUAUGUCUCUGGAGGCUCUCAUGCCUCCUGAUGUAGCAAUGGUUAUCGAUGCUGAGACAGACAACAAAACCCGUACUCUUCAUGAUCUACGCCACGUCGUGAAGAAAGCAGGUGGUGUCGUCGGAUCCACAACCUUUUAUUUUACGAGGCGUGGUCGAGCCGUCUUCAAGGCCAAAGAAGGCGGACCUACUCUGUCCGAGGUUCUAGAUGAAGCGAUUGAGCACGAGGGGCUUGAGGACGUCGAGGAGCUACCAGAAGGCGACUUCUUAGCUUGGACUCAACCAAACACUCUCACAGCCAUCACUGAAGCUCUGUCUAAGAAGUUCGAGCUUGAAAUCUUGGAGUCGGAUAUCGUCUGGUCACCCAACGAGGACACAAAGGUCAGGAUUGACACGGCCGAUCAAAUUGAGUCUCUCGACGCUCUCUUCAACGGGAUCAAAGAAUACCCUGAAGUCAAAGCCAUAUAUGCCAAUGUGCGACAGGGGGCUAUCGCAGACGAAGAUUGGGACAAGGUUGAGAGAAAUUUGGAUGUAUAA